GCCCUGCCUCUUCUCCACCGUUAACUUGGGGGAUACCGGUGUCUUAGCGGUAGCGAUGCAUUGCCCAGAGCAGACCCGCUCCUCCCCGCGGAGCGAGCGCCCCAAGAGCGCUCGUUUUCUUUGUCCCCCCACAAGGGCCACCUCCGGCCCCAAGUCCUGGUCGGAAGGGAGCGCCGUGAGGCCCGGCUGCCUUCUACCUGGAAGUGUUGGGCAGGUAGUGGAAGUGCACAAGGCUUUAACACAGCAAGAUUUUAAAGCACGUGUCUGUCGUUUUUACUUUCAGGGUUUUGGCCAAAUUGGGCGAGGGCACAAAAUAACCUCUUACCCCUUCUCACCGAGGAAGAGCGGGAGAAAGGAUAUGGCUCAGUCUCAAGGCUGGGUAAGAAGAUACUUCAAGGCCUUUUGCAAAGGCUUCUUUGUGGCUGUGCCUGUGGCAGUGACUUUCCUGGAUCGGGUCGCCUGCGUUGCAAGAGUGGAAGGAGCAUCAAUGCAGCCUUCUUUGAAUCCUGGGGGGAGCCAAUCAUCUGAUGUAGUGCUUCUGAACCACUGGAAAGUUAGGAAUUUUGAAGUUCAGCGUGGUGACAUUGUGUCAUUGGUGUCCCCUAAAAACCCAGAACAGAAGAUCAUUAAGAGAGUGAUUGCUCUUGAAGGAGACAUCGUAAAAACCAUGGGUCACAAAAACCGAUAUGUCAAAGUCCCACGUGGUCACAUCUGGGUUGAAGGAGAUCAUCAUGGACACAGUUUUGACAGUAAUUCUUUUGGGCCGGUUUCCCUGGGACUUCUACAUGCCCAUGCCACACAUAUCCUGUGGCCUCCAGAGCGCUGGCAGAAAUUGGAAUCGCUUCUUCCUCCAGAGCGCUUGCCAGUCCACAGGGAAGAGGAAUGACGGCAUGGACCUACCUGACUGCUGGCUUUGGGAAGCCAACACCACUGAUUACAGGAAGGGAGAUGGAGAAGAAGAACAUCCAAAAGGGAAAAGCUUUCAACAAGAUGAUGCCAUUAAAUGAAAGAAUUCCUUGAUCCCAACCAGUUUUAAAUGCUACCUGAUUUAAGUGUUGAAUUUUCGUAGUGUAUUGUCCAAUGCCAAAAAAUAUUCAGAUGUUUGUGAAUAUGGAAAUAUCAUACUCGCAUGUCUUAAAGGGGGUAAAUUUGAGGAUAUUUGUUACACAUGCUCAUUCAAUUGACUGUCGAAUUUUGAUUUUGGUGCUAGCUACUGAAAUUAAUAUUUUGAUGCAAGUGAUUGAGUAGUUUGUCAUUUACUGUUAAGAGGAAACAUGAAAAAAUGCAUAUUAUACACGUAGUGAAAGGAAUAUUGUGUUUAUCAGUAUCUAAAAUGCAGUGACUGCCAUUUAGGAAGAACAGGGAAGUGAUGUAAAAAUAAAACACUGAUUUGUUCAGGUCCUGUUUUUGGCGUUUCAUUUCCAUUUAACCAGUACACCCAUUCCUGAGGAAUAUGCAUCUCUUUUG